AUGACGGAAGUCUUGAACGAUAGCUUGGACAAUGCUUCCUUUUGGUUUGUUUCCAAAGGUGAAAUGCAAAGAAAUGAGAUGACGCAGGAAUCCAUUUUGUCCAAAUUCAAGACUGAAGUUAAAAGUUCCCAGGACAACCAUCUUUCUCUUUUGCAGCGUGAGACUGAGAAACUGAAGGGUGAUAUAGAGAAGAUGAUGGAAAAACUCAAGAGUGAUCUAGAGAAGAUGCGUAGUGAAUUAAGCUAUGAGAUAGACAAAGUUACAGCCGGCCACCGUCUGGAUCUUAAUCUUGAAAGAGGGAGAAUCCGGGAUGAGCUGAACAAUCAAAAUCAAGAAACAACCAACCUAACUAACAAACUCGAUCGAGAGAUUCAUGCAUUGCGUGCUCAAAUAGAAGCAGCAAAGUAUGAUGUGAUCAAAUACUGCAUAGGUUCACUAGCAUCUGUGGCUGCCGUUGGGCAUUUGGAUCAAUAUAUAUGGAGUUUGUGGUGA